CACACACACACACACACACACGCAUGAGCAGGUCGUCAGAUCAUAACCAUGACGACAGAGUUUUUGGAGAGGUGCAAGGUGCUGUUCAGCCGAGCGGAUGCAGACGGCAACGGCACCUUGGAUGCAGACGAGUUCAAGGCGGUGCUUGAGUCGGAUUCACUCAAGCUGAACCUCCCGCCCGACGAGCUUGCGCAGAUCAUCGACAACACGGACAAGGACGGCGAUGGCAUCUCGUUGGCGGAGUUCAUCCCGGUUGUUCAGGCGCUGUUCUUCCGCCACCGCGCGCAGAAGGCUGCGUGCCGUAAGAAGCUGCCUGUGCUCAAGCGCAGCAGGUGUCGCUCCGCGUUAGAGCGCACCAUGAAGCAGCGCCCCAUAUCCGGGCGUGCCACACCGGUCCGCGCGCAGAGCGUGGCAGGCACCCGCGCGUCUCCGGCACAGCGCCGGUGGGGGAUGGUGCGCACGCAGGUGCAGAAGGGAGCGGCAGAGCGCGCCCUGGCCAUGCCAGAGUACAUUGACCAGCUUGACUUUGCGACCAUCACCAAGCUCAUCGUUGGAGCGCGAAAGGCCACAGAGACGGACGUGUGGAAUUUGCGUCGGCAAGCGUCAGAGGCCGUGCGCGCUGGCAACCUCACAAAGGCAGAGACCCUCUACAAGAUUGCCGUGAAGGUGGCGGAGAAUUUGACGCGGAAGCAAGGGCAGGUGCUGCUGGGGCUGACGGCGCUUGCAGACAUUCAGAUCCGGCUGGAGAAGUACCACUACGCCAUACAGACGCUGGAGCGCUCGCUGCAGAUUCGCAAGUCCGCCAUCAUCACCGACAAGGCCGCCAUCCUGCACUGCCUCGUCGAGUUGAGUCUGUGUUCGAUGGCGCUGAGGAAGGUGGACGACGGUGUCUCGUAUGGUCUUCAGGGAUAUGAGCACUAUCAACUGACGAAUGCGCGCAUCAUGUGCACAACGGCGCGAUGGAAGGAAUUCCUCCUCAAGCUGGCAGAGGCGCUGACGAUCAAAGGCCGCUACAAGAAGGCGAUGGAGGUGCAGGAGCAAGCUGCCUCCGUGCUCCUCAAACAAGUCGACAAAUCAUCAAAGGAAGCAUCACACGUGCUGACGUCCCUUGGGUUUGUGUCGCAAGUCGCCCAAGGCUCUGGCCUGUCACGGCUCGAGGCCGAGUACUGCGAACGCGUGCCGCUCCCCUCCUCAGCUGAUCCCACCAAGCAGUCGGAGAUUGAGCGCGACCUCACCCACGCCACCACCAUGUACAGCCUCGGGCGGCAUCUGUUACAGCAGAAGCAGGCGGGGGAAGCAGGACCCCUCAUCCAACAGGCGCUCACAACGUUCACGAAGGUGUUUGGACGGAAGCACCCGCGCGUUGGGUUUGCACUGACGACCCUGGCCAGCUGCUACGCACUCGAGGGGUCGCAGAAGAAACUCAGGCGUGCUCUCAACCUCCUUGAACGGUCUGCGGCUGUGCUGACAUCGAGUCUUGGGCCGAACAACCGAGCGCUUGCGGAGGGCGGGGGCCCACUGCCAGUGCAGGCGCAGAUUGAGGAGAUGCUCGGCCAGCUGCAGGCUGCACGCCGCACCUGGCACACCGUCGCCGCCAUUCGCAUGACGCACGCCGGCAGCCGCGAUCCGGGGUAUCUUGAUGCUGCAGCGCAGAAGGAGCGCGUUUCGCAGCUCAUCACCACAAAGAAGCUCAAGCCUGCGUCGACGGUGGCCACGCUGCUCAAGCUGCACCAGGAGCGCGUCGAGCUGCGCUCCACCCUCUGCAUUGUGUGCGGCCUCAAAUCGCCCACACGCACCUGCCAGGCCUGCACAAAUGCACAGAAGCUGCAGAAGUUGUCAAGGUAUCGAUACAUGCAGGAUGGAACCAACCAUCCCCGACUGUGGUCACGCUACCUCACCCAGUUGGAGGCACUUGCACCCGUGGAAACAUAAACAACACCGCCACCCAGAAUACACUUGUUAUGACGGGGAGGUGUGCGCUCAGCUUCAGUGAUUGUUCCCCAGCCCUUCUGCACCUUUGGUUCUUUGCUUUUUCUGUAUUUGACGGUUUUCCUUUUUUUGUACACAGGAUAGAGAUAAGCGCUCUUGCUUUCCCUCGUUGUUCUUGACUUUACACUCGAGAUGGUGGGCAUGAUAACCCCAACACUCCACUCACGCAAGCAUAUCGCCCGUGCUCUACAACACGCUGUGCGCAUGCACACACACACACACACACAC